AUGGCAGAACCCUAUGCUGUGGACACCGAAAUCAUUAAUGUUUCUCUUAGCAUUGAGAAUUCGGAUCCAUCGCUAGUAUCAAUUCACAGUAAUCAGACGGUUCAGGAAUUACGGUUCUUUUUGCAAGUAUUUUUAUUUUUAUUGUGUUCCAUCCAGGAAAGCUACAAUAUUCCCACUGCUGGUACGCAAAUCGUUAUAGACGGAUUGCUGGUGGAAGAGGAUAUGAUCGUUAGGAAUGCUUUUGUGGAACUGACCCCGGCCAUUUCUGUUUUUUAUGGAUCAGAAGUUGUUUCUCUUUCUCUCCGCUUUAAUGACUAUCUUUUCUAUUAUUCCUUCCCCUUGGAUGCGACAUACUUGCUUCGGAACUACUCUGAUAUGAUGUCCAUUAACGAUAUCAUCAUUUUCUAUAAAGACGAGGCGAUUCCAUUUACUGUCCAGUUGAAAUCGUUGCAGUUGGAAGAGGACGCGCUCCUUCUUUUUUCCUAUGCGGAAGGAGUGAACCUUAGCCCCUACGUCGCUCUUUAUGCUCAAGAAUUAAACCGUCGCCUCUGCUUAGAAAUCGAAAUCUCGGAAACUCGACAAGAUUUAGACCGAGUCAUUUCACACGUCGGGUCCUUACAAAACCAAAACACCUUUUUGCAAAACCAAAUCACCGAGCUCUCGAACGCCGAGUCCACCGAAUCGCUUCUGCUCUCGCUCCAACAGGAGAACGAGGCCUUACGCGCCCAGCUGUCCUCUGCCCAGUCGAACUCGGACGUUUCUCGCGCGAAGACGCGGGAAAGCGAGUCUCUCUCGGACUGUCCGAAGCGCUCGAACGAUUUAGAGACGGAGAACCUUCGACUGCACCGCCAGAUCGCCGAACUGACCAAAACGCUCAAAGAGGACCAAAAGCGAAUCGAGAAUUUGCAUAUGGAGUGCGGCAGUCUGAGCGGGAAGCUGAACGAAGCGAUGGAGUUGAUGGAGAAAUACAAAACCGGGUAUAUGAAUAUGAAGCGUCGCAAUGACACGCUCGACAGGCCUCGCAUGGUGAUCCAGCAGGUCGACCAACUCACCAAAUCGAGCGGGCGAAGCCUGUUUUUUGUUAUGAAAAGACGUGAUCGGAAAGGACCCCAAGCAGUCCGUCGAAGACCAGCUCCAGCAGUUGAAGGACGAUUUGAUGGAUGCGGGGGCUUACGAGAUCAUGGUGUUGGAUUUAAGUGGAAGCUGUCUGAACAAGGCAGCGAUCACGACGCUCUAUCACUUCAUCGAAACCGGAUUGUUUCCUCGUCUGCACAUCAUCGAUCUUUACUGUUUCCUUCUCUCUCCCACCGUUUAGCCAAUAGACUGCAAUUUAUCCGAGGAGGACGCGACGUAUCUCUCCAACUGGAUCUCCUGCUUCCCCUUCAUCGACGUGCUUUCUCCGGAGCUCAUUCGUCGUCUCCUCUCUCCCCUCUCAUUCUAGGAUUCAAAGUUGCACCGGACUGCUUCGAAAAGCUCGCCAAGUACUGCGAUCCGCAGCUCACGAUCAACCUCCAAAACAUCGAUCUGCGAAAUUUCGGGCUCGGCGACGACGGGCUGCUUCUCAUCUGCGAGCUUAUCAACCACUACUUCCUUCCCAACGUCAUCACUCUACUUCUCGACAGUUCCUUUCUCUCUUUCUGCUUUGAUUCAGACAACAAUAUCGGCGAUGCCGGCAUGCGCGCGCUCUCUCUCGUCCUCAUCCCCACCUUCAUCAGUCACAGUCUGCGAGCGUUCUCCUGCGCCAGCAAUCCGCUCUCUUUCGACGGAGCCAAAGCCAUCUGCACGAUCAUCCUCAACAAUCCGCAGAUCCAGCGACUCUGGCUUCGAGGCAGGCAUUUCUUUGCACGGUCGAGCGUAGACAUCAAUCUCGGCGAUGUGGGGCUUCACGAGCUCUGCAAAGUCUUCGUGAAUAGCAACUGCUACUCGCUCACUCUGCUGAAUCUGAUGAGUUUGGAAGGACUGGAGCGAUGA